AUGUUGACCCGCCGCAAGAGCCAGCCCAGCCCUCCGCCUCCGCCUGAGCAUGACGAGCUCGACGAUACCAAGUCUGACCUGACCGAACUCGACAUCAAGUCAGAAUCGGACCAGACUCCUGAGCCCGCUCCCAAGCCAGCGAAGGGCAAGCGCAAGGCGACCAACCCAUCAAAGCCCGCUUCCUCUGGUACUGUCCAGCAUCGAGGUUCGACACGCACUGACACCAGCUAA